AGAUAUUUAAUAAUUUUUUUCAGGAAUUUGCGGGACAGAAAAUGCGGCUUCUUUUAGUUUCUGUGCCAAUAUUUUAUGGCCGAAUUGCAGCCGGAUCAUGACUGAUCCGAGGAUAGUGCAAAUAUACCGUACAGUAUUCGAAAUAAAAUAAGAAAUUCACAAAAUGGCCGGGCAGGACUUGAUGUACCUCCAUGUACAAGGUGAAAUGGCGGGAGCCAACGCCAUCUACGGGUUGGAUGAGGUAUCAACAAGUAAAAUGCCGGCAGAAUUUUGGGCAGAAUUCCCGCAACGCCGGGGACUGCGGCCAAAAUCCAUGACCACUUCUCAAGUUUUGAAUCGUCUUGGAGCCUGGGGCUUUCGAUUGGCAGCAUUUGCCCCAGCCGCAGACGCACACGCAGAAAACCUCGCAAGACUUUUUUACCCAAACUCCAUCUACCUGAGGCCAGUGUCGAAAUAUUUCCCCAUGUUCUACUGGAUCCUGUGUCGAAACCCGACAUUGGAAUCGUCAGCAGAAAGUGACAGAGGAAAUCAGCUACCCAUAAAAGAUGGAACGUCGACUGAAAAUACGACAGCGUCGUCGGAAACUCAAAUGUUUUGCAAAAUUUGACUAGCACAGGCCGGCAGCGUAGAUUUCACGUUGUCGGUCUUGUGAAUAAUAAUUGACACCCAAAAAAAAAGGGAAUUUUCUUGGAAAGUAAUACAUAUGGACUCUGUUUAUCUACCAGAAAAUUCUAGGGACCAAAAAAGAUUAUUGUAGAGAAAAUUUCGUUGUAGAGGACUUUAAUGUGUCGAAGAAAACCCUAAGG